UUAUUCUCGGAUUUUCAAAUGCCCUCAAUGAGUACUCCCGACAUAUUAUCUCUACUGGAGGUAUAGGCGGCUGUUCUGCCUCAACCUGUUUCUGACCUUGUUUUUAGCCGGUGAACGAAGCUCGUCAUUUCAAAUUACGGAUUGCGGAGAACCAGCCGCUCCAUUUCAGCGAACCGUCGCCAACCUGGACGGGCCAAGCGUUGUGGGGACUACGGGAAAACCCACAAUGUCCUAUUCAAUUUUCUUGUUUGAGCUGGACAUGGAGUUCUCAAAACCGAAGAUGAGACUCAAAAAAAGGCCAACUUGUCGUCAGCACGGACCGCAGGCACGUUAUAUCUUGGCAUCAGCCUGCAGUGUGCAAGGAAAUUUUUGUUUUUCAAAGUUUUCUCAGGAUUUUGGAAGAUAUUGAAGCUGUUUUGCCCCCUUAUUAUUAUUUUUUAGGGGACCAGGGCUUCACUACUUCCCUAUUGGAACUCCUUGAGGCUAGAGGCUCUUCUUCACCGGAGUUCGAUUACAGCACUUUACUCAGAAAGAUCCUCACGGAGAGAAUUUUGAGGAUAGAAAGUUUUCAUUUGAGCGAAUAGGGGCUCGGCAUCGGGAUACUUUCCAGUAUCAACCAGAUCGCCAUUGGUGCAUUGCUCUUCUGUGUCGCUACUAAGGCAGCCUCCAACCCGCUCGCUACAGUCCCUUUCUGCUCCGCUGCACACGCCCACAAUGGUU